ACGUGCUUUCAGCCCUGGUCUCACUUUCGCGAAUUCUCCCCGGCAUCCAACUUUUCAAUCCUCAAUUCCGCGUAACGUCGGCUGUAAUUUGUACCGGAUUGCAUUGGAUUAUACGACUGGGCACGAACAGUAACUCCCCAAAAAUGGAGGCAGCUAUUCUGGAUAUAAUCAACGGGAUCCUGGCCAUGGACACGGACCGAAUCCGUGAGUCCACAGACAAGAUGUUAAAGGCCUAUGAGAAUCCAGAUUCUCUGCUGGUUCUCACCCAGAUCAUAAUGUCGGACAGGCCGGUCCAGGAGCGGCAGGUCGCCGCCGUGCUCCUCAAAAGGCGGGUCAAAAAGUUGCGCCACUGGCAGUUGGUUCCCGCCGAGCACCAAGCAGCAAUUAAAUCGAACAUGCUGCAGGUCCUUAUCGCGGUGAAGGAAAAGACCGUGAAGGGCACGGUGGCCUUUAUAAUUGGAUCGCUGGUUCGCCACGAGGAGGAAAAGCAAAACUCCUGGAGGGAGGAAAUACUGAAGUUUAUUUACGAACGUUGCAGCAGUCCCGAUCCAACAGAAAGCGAGCGGGGCAGCUCAAUCUUUUCCACGCUCAUGGACGCUGCUCCCGAUCAGUUUUCGAACCACACGGAUACUAUCUUCCCGUUGCUUGCCGGCACUCUAGUAACCGCCGAGGCGAAUGGGAACAUGGCCACACCCACCGUGCAUAACAUGCUGGCGGGUAUAUGCUUCCUGUUGCCUUUCGUCAGUGGACAUAGUAAUGCUGAGCAGAUUGUGGUUAAGGCUGUGCCGCUCAUUCUCAAGGCCCUGGGCGCCUUCGCCGAAAAGGGGGACAGUAAUGAGUUUAUGGGUGCCUUUGAUAUCAUGGACAGCAUGGCCGAGUAUGUGCCGCACUUGCUGACCGGCAAUGUGAAGCUAAUUCUGGAGUUUUGUCUGACGAUUUCGAGAAACAAGCAGGUCGACGCUGCGAUUCGGGUUCAGGUGAUUACCUUUGUGGGCAGCCUAAUUCGCCUCAAGAAGAAGAUUAUUAUGAAGCAGAAACUACUCCAGCCCACUCUAUCGGUUAUUUUCGAAGUGAUUUGCCAGGACGUCCUUGACGAUGACGAUGAUUACUUUUCCUCGGAGAGCCUGAAUAGCCCAUCCAAUGCAGCUGCGCAGACACUGGACCUGAUGGCCCUUCACAUGGUGCCGGACAAGUUUAUUCCGCCACUACUGGAAUUGCUGGAGCCUGCGUUGCAGAGCCCGGAACCUGUGCUUCGCCGUUCCUCUUUUAUUUGCAUGGGCGUCAUUGCUGAGGGCUGCUCCGAGGCCAUUGGGAAAAAGUAUCUGCAGGUCAUGCUAAAUAUCAUCAAAGCUGGAGUUUUGGACUCUGUUAUGUUGGUGCGGACCGCUGCAUUCUUCGCCCUUGGCCAGUUUUCCGAGUUUCUUCAGCCGACGAUCUGCAAGUUUGCUCCUCAAAUUCUUCCCGUGCUGUUUGACUAUCUAAGCCAGCUGGUAAUGGAACUCAAGAUUGGUACGCCUAAUCCGAAACAUAUGGAUCGUAUGUUCUAUGCCCUGGAGACCUUUUGCGAGAAUCUGGAUGAGGAAAUUGUUCCUUAUUUACCCACACUUAUGGAUCGUCUGUUUGGGGUUAUGGAACCGCAGAACACGAAUCGAAUGCGUGAAAUGGGUUUGUCGGCCAUAGCAGCGGUGUCAACAGCAGCUAAGGAACACCUGAUGCCAUAUUUCCCCAGGAUCAUGACCGUACUACAGGGCUGUCUGGUGAAGGAUUGCCCAAAAGAAAUGUACAGUCUCCGCAUCCAAGCUAUCGACACUCUGGCCGAGCUCUGUCGCGAAGUGGGCAAAGAUAAUAUUAUUCCGCUUGCCGACGAUACAAUGAAUUUCUGUCUGAUGAUGCUAGAAGAUGGUCCGGAUGAUCCCGAGUUCCGCAGGAGUAUAUACAACCUGAUGUCCUCCCUGUCAUCGGUUGUCAACGAGAGCAUGGCCAGUGUGUUCCCCAAGUUCAUUGAUCGCAUAAUGGAAUCUGUGAUUUCAUCGGAGGACAUGGUGCCAAAUGUGUCGGACAAUGCGGAGGAUGAUUUGGCCCUAGAAGAUGCCGCCAAUAUAGAGAUUGAUUUAGAGCACACAGACGACGAAGAUGACCAAGACGCUUACCUGGUGGAGAAUGAUUAUAUCAUUGAAAAGGAGGAGGCCAUUAUGUCACUCAAGGAGUUUGCUACCCAUACGGGCGCCGCCUUUGCGCCCUAUUUGCAGUCUGCAUUCGAGAACGUCUACAAGAUGAUUGAUCAUCCGCAGAGCGACGUUCGUAUGGCGUGCAUUGACUCCAUCUGCGCGUUCAUUACGGCUCUCCACAAGUUGGAUGAUGCCGUCGGCCUGAAACGCGCCUGCGAGAUUGCCAUUCCAAAGUUUGCACAUAUAAUGCGCACCGACGACCAGGUUGGGGUCGUAAACCACUUGCUUGACGCCCUCUACGAUGUCUUCAAGAACGUGCCGGCGAUAAACAGCCAAGAGCACGCCGAACUAAUUUUCGCUUGCAUCAGGGACAUUUUCACAAAUGAAAUGGCCUGCCAGUUUAACGAGGAGAGCGGCGGCGGAGAUGAUGAGUAUCCGGAGGAAAGCGAGAACGAAGAGAUGCUGUUCGAGAACGCUGCCAAUCUGUUCCCCAUGUUUGGCUUAACCAUUCAGCCGGAGCUGUUCUCGCUUUAUUUCGGACGCCUUUACCAUUUCUAUAUUCAAAGGCUGGCGAAGGUAAAGGACUUCGAUUUACCAGAAGGACGGGCGUUCGUCUAUGGCGCACUGGCUGACUGCUGCAGGGCGCUAAAAGGAUGCUGUGCUACUUACUUCGAUGCCCUACGUCCCAUUUUUAUCGCCGGUUCCAAGGAUUCUGAUGGCAAAGCGCGACAGAACUCCUAUUUUGCACUAGGCGAAAUUGUCUUCCAUUCCGAGGAAAAAUCAUUAGAGUCUUAUCCGACAAUUUUGCAAGCCCUUUCCGAAGCAAUUGUCAGGGAAUCCGUUCCCGCCGCCAUGGACAACAUUUGCGGAGCAGUUGCUCGGCUCAUAGUUACCGACCUAGAUUCAGUGCCGCUUGGCCAGGUGCUGCCCGUGUGGCUCAACCAUUUGCCACUGAAGGAGGACACCGUGGAGAACGAUGUGAUUCAGAAGGCGUUCCGCGUGCUAUACUUGAAGGCCCGCCCCAGCAUAGAGGCACAUCUUGAGCAAAUCCUGGCCAUCACCAUAGAGUCGAGUUACAAGAAACAGAUGCCUGACGUCGAGACAACCCAGAGCGCGGUGGCCCUCAUCAAAGAGAUUAGCGCCAAAUACCCGGAACUGUUUAACAAAGUAUCAAACAUGAAUCCAGAAGUGUUCAAUUAUGUGCAAGCCCUGUAAGCCUACUUAUCCGCGUGAAAACCACCAAACAGCUCAGCACAUCUAACGUCCUCCGCCCGCAGAUUCAUUUAUUGGAAGUAAUGAAAGAUUUUUAUACGAAUACUUUCGAAAUAGUCUUAAAUUUCAGUUGUGCUUCUGUGGAGUUAAAUCAUUCAAGAUUAGUGAUCUUUAAAAUUGCAAGAUGUAGGUUUCUACGCGCCGAAAAACAGAGGCAAAUGUUUUCUAACUUAUAGACCACAUCCAGUGAGGCAUUAAUAUGCAUUGAACAAUAAAGGGAUUACUUGUUUUUA